AUGGCGUGUACUUUUGCUUCGAAAAGGAUCGUUCACGAGCGCCGUCAUCAGCCGAAAGAACGAACCGAUAGCGACGACAUGGUUGAAAGAAAGUUUCCAGGCCAGCGCAAGCACAAACUUGCGCAGCGGCGUUGCCGUGGCAACCGGCAGAAAGCCGCUGUUCGGUGCGCGGUGCGGAACGCAGCAGAAGACGGCGACGAUUGCCGGCCGGCCGGUGCGGAACAAGGCGAAGCGAGGCGAGGCGAGCUGAACUGUGAACCGCGUCGUCCGUCGAUCGCAUCGACGUCGCGUCGCGUCUGGGAGCGGCGUUGGGCUGUGGGAGUGCGCGGAGCCGUGUUUGCGCUAGGGUAUGCUGACAACGGUGGGCGGCGGCCGUCGCCGUCGCUUACGCGGUUGGCCGUUGGUCGGUGUUCGGCGCUCGGUGGCGGUAGUAUGGAAAAAAGACGCCAACGAACGAACGAACGAACGAACGCCGACAUGAGCGAUUCUGCUGCUGCUCUGCUCGCUGGCUGA